AUGGAGUCGUUUACGAUCCGGACGCCGUGCUCCAGCGCCAACAUCGGCCCCGGCUUCGACGUCAUUGGCCUCGCGCUGUCCAUCUACCUGGAGCUGCACGUUACCGUGGACCGCAGCCGCACGACGCCCUCGACGCACCCGCUCAACUGCCGUAUCACGUACGAGGGCCAGGGCGCGGGCGGCGCCGACAUCAGUCUCGACCCGCAGAGCAACCUCAUCACGCGCGUCGCGCUCUACGUCCUGCGCUGCCACGACCAGCGCGCGUUCCCGGCCGAGACGCACGUCCACAUCAAUAACCCGAUCCCCCUCGGGCGCGGCCUCGGCAGCUCGGGCGCGGCUGUUGUCGCUGGCGUCUUUCUCGGCCGCGAGCUGGGCGGGCUGCACCACCUGGACAAUAAUCGCCUGUUUGACUAUUGUCUGAUGAUUGAGAGACAUCCGGAUAAUGUAGGCGCGGCGCUGUUUGGCGGCUUUGUCGGAACGUACCUCAUGCCGCUCAAGCCGGAAGACGCCUCCCGCAUCGAGGUCCCGCUCAGCGAGGUAUUGCCGUCGCCGGCCGGCGGCGUCGACACUGGCAAGAGGCCGCCGGAGCCGCCGGUCGGCAUCGGCCACCGCAUCGAGUUUCCCUGGAACAAGGAGAUCAAGGCCGUGGCCAUUGUGCCCGAGUUCGUCGUGCCCACGGCGGAGGCGCGCGCGGUGCUACCGGAAAAGUAUGCCCGCGCGGACGUGACAUUUAACCUGCAGCGCAUCGCCCUGCUGCCCGUCGCGCUGGGCCAGUCGCCGCCCGACCCGGAGCUCAUCCACCUCGCGAUGCAGGACCGCAUCCACCAGCCGUACCGCCAGACGCUCAUCCCGGGCCUCACCGAGGUCGUCGAGUCCAUGUCGCCCAGGACGCAGCCGGGCUUCCUCGGCGUGUGCCUGUCGGGCGCGGGGCCGACCAUCCUCGCGCUGGCCACGUCCAACUUUGAGGAGAUUGCCAACACGAUUAUCGAGAAGCUCAAGUUUCAUAAUGAGAACAAGGAGCUCGAGUGCCGCUGGAUGGUGCUGGAGCCGGCAAGGGGCACCGAAGUGAUUCGGUCAUGA